AUGGCAGCUUCCAACCUCUUCCUUCUCACUUUUCUAGCUUUGUGGACCAUGCCACUCUUCAUAUCCAUGACCACUAGUGCUCGCUCUUUGAACUAUGAUCCCAUUGGAUCGAACCAGAACCUGAACCUCGAAGCUAGGUUGAAUUUGGAUGAAGAAUCUUCCAACUGCUGGGACUCUUUGUUUCAGCUUCACGCAUGUUCUGGUGAGGUUGUCAUGUUUUUCUUGAAUGGUGAGACUUACUUAGGGCAUGGCUGUUGCGAAGCCAUUCGAACCAUUGAGCAUCAGUGUUGGCCUGCCUUGCUUGGCACACUAGGAUUUACAACUGAGGAGACUGAUGUACUCAAGGGUUAUUGUGAUGAAGCCGAUCAUAUUCAAUCCCCUCCGUCGAGACCACCAUCACCACCCGCAGCUGAUAAACCUAUUAAUUGA